AGAAUGUCGUAUGUACAUCGAUAUUGUGUAUUAAAAUCUAUUAAUUUUCACAAAUGUAUUUUACUAUAUAGAAAAAUAUAUAAAAUGAAUUAUAUCAUAUACUAGAAUCCAUAUGUGUAUUUUUGUAGGAAAUUGUGUACAGUUUCGACUAACCUAAAAGUACGGAAAGAAAUAAGAACAUUUUAGAACCAUUUCUUAAAUAUCUUUUAAUUUCAAGAUGACAGUUUAUAAAAUUUCCAGAUUAAUGCAACAUGUUAGGUUUUUCAGAAUUCCAUUGAAACAAGGAUUUUCAAGAACAUAUGUUUCAAAUAUAAACACAAAAGAACAAAAAGUUAAACCCUGGUAUUCAUUCAUAAGACGAUUGAAAUGGAGUAUUCCUAUUGGAGUUGGAAUAUCACUAUUAACAGUACUACAAUGUAAUUAUUUUAAAAAAUAUCCAGACACAACUAAGGACAACAAUGUGUAUGAGCCAAUUAAUAUUUUAGUGAUCAAAUGUUAUUAUUUUCUACCAUUUCGGACACUGAGCAAAUUAUGGGGAUGGAUAGCUAGUAUAGAAUUACCAACUAGUUUAAGACCAAUUUUAUAUGAAUUUUAUGCAAAAACUUUUAAUGCAAAUUUAGAAGAAAUUGAUUUAGAGCUAUCAGAAUUUCCAAGUUUGGUUGAUUUUUUUGUUAGACCACUGAAGUAUGAUGCAAGACCUAUCGAUCAGACAUCAAAUAUAGUUUCACCUGCUGAUGGGAAAGUAUUACAUUUUGGACCAGUAACUUCAUGCUGUGUACAGCAAGUCAAAGGAGUGACCUAUAAUCUUAGACAUUUUUUGGGAGAUAUAAAUGUACUUAAUUCUAACCACCCAUUAAAGCUUACAAAAGAAGAUGAUGAUUAUUAUAUACAAUCUCUUUUAACAAAUCCAAUGAAUCAACUUUAUCAAUUAAUAAUUUAUCUUGCCCCAGGAGAUUACCACAGAUUUCAUAGUCCAACUGACUGGAACAUAGAGUAUCGUAGGCAUUUUCAAGGAAAGCUGAUAAGUGUUAAUCCAAAGAUAGUUCAAUAUUUACCAAAUUUAUUUUCGUUAAAUGAACGUGUAGUAUACAUCGGAAAAUGGGCUAACGGCUUUAUGGCUUAUACAGCAGUUGGAGCUACAAAUGUAGGUUCUAUAAGAGUUUACUGUGAUAAGGAACUACGUACAAAUGCUAUCAAAUGGCCCAAAGCAGAAUAUUGGAAAGAGGCUAACUUAGACUGGACACAUUUAAAGAAAGGGGAAUUAUUUGGUGAAUUUAGAAUGGGAUCUACAAUUGUAUUGCUAUUCGAAGCACCGAAAGAUUUCAAGUUUUGUAUACAGGAAGGACAGACAAUAAAAAUGGGUCAAGCUCUAUGUACGCGCAAUGUUGAAACUGACGAAAAACAACAUAAGCAGUCAUUAUGACUAUUAAUGAGGCGCGUUUCUUUAGACUGGAAAUAUGUUUGGAGAAUAGGUUUAGAAAAUUCAGUGAUCUCAUGAUAUGAUAUUUGUUUUUGAUAGUAUUAUAAUUAUUAUUUUUAAGCAAGAGAUUUACUAUGGAAAUAACUAAAAAGAAAAAUAAAACGAAUGUUAUAAA